AUGAGCAAAGAGUUGCCGUUCACGCUGUUUGAAAUUCGGCCCGAUGAUGGUGAUGCCGCUGCUGCUGCUGCUGCUGCUGCUGCUGCUGCUGCUGCUGCUGCUGCUGCUGCUGCUGCUGCUGCUGCUGCUGCUGCUGCUGCUGCUGAUGAUGAUGAUGAUGAUGAUGAUGAUGAUGAUGAUGAUGAUGAUGAUGAUGAUGAUGAUGAUGAUGAUGAUGAUGAUGAUGAUGAUGAUGAUGAUGAUGAUGAUGAUGAUGAUGAUGAUGAUGAUGAUGAUGAUGAUGAUGAUGAUGAUGAUGAUGAUAGCAGCUAUGUGCAGUUUGACUAG